AGGAGAGCUCGGCCCCCGAGGAGCCACCUUUACUGGACCCAAUCGAUCUUCAUCCGGAGCCCGAAUCCGUGCCAACAUAUGAGGCGGAACCUUGCGAGAAGAAGCAUGUCGACGCUCUCUCGACCUCAAUCGCGCCCGCUCCUUCCACUUCUCAUGCGCAGGUGGCCUUCGCCCCGCGCCAGACGCGUUCCUCUGCUCCUCCAGGAGUCGCCAAGGUUGGUCGUGCCCGGUCUGCCACCUCCGGACGCUCUCCCGCCUUGCCUUCCACCACUCGCUCUGCCCCGCGCCCGACUCGAACUCCUGCUCGUUCGGUCGCAUCCAAAGUUGACGCAGGGUCUUCCACCUCCGGUCCUGCUACACCUUCUACCGCUCUCCGCCGUCCGAGGACAAGACAUGAGAAGAACCGUCCGUGGAAGGAUUUUACGUGCGGCAUCAACAAAUGCACGUACGUCUUGACUAGCGACGAACUCUGGGUGGCUCAUCUGCAAGACACGCACAAGAUUGGGUGCAAGCACGAGUGGAAGGCGGGCAGCUUCUGUCCUUGCUGCCCCGAGGUGCCUGAGGAAGGGAAGAAGCGCAAGGUCUAUGGAUCAUGGUCGACAUGGAUCCGGCAUCACAAGGACAAGCAUCACUACACCAUUUCGAUGCGGUGCCCGGUUGGCGGAGGUUGUACCUUCGUGCUGGAGGGUCUUCGAGGCGAUUCCAUGAAGCGGCAUUUGAUGGACAAGCACAAGAUGAACAGCGACGAUGCGCUCAGCAUGGCAAACAAAAGCGAGGACAAGGAGAACGUACCCCCUGCUGAGCCCGACAAUGGUGAGAAGGACUCCGACGAUGUGGAGCGGGAGGAGCCGCCGAAGCGGAAGAAGCGGAAGAAGAACGACGAGGAUAUGGAGCAGUGGGAAGAGCAGCCAAAGAAGAGGAAGAAGUCGCGUAAAUGAGCUGUGUCGAUCUGAUUGUAUAAUG